AUGGAGGAUAUUGAAAUUAUUUCCAGAAUUGAGGAAUCAGCCCCACCCCUUACGGAAGCAAAUGUAUUAGAAGAGAUUAAUGAAGCAGAUCUAUAUACAAAAUUAAAAAAGCUACAACGACACCUUGAAUUCCUUGAAUUGCAAGAGGAAUAUAUAAAAGAUGAGCAGAAGAAUUUGAAGCGUGAACUUAUCAGAGCUCAAGAAGAAGUGAAACGAAUCCAAUCAGUACCGUUGGUUAUCGGACAAUUUUUAGAACCAAUCGAUCAGCACACAGGAAUUGUAGGUUCUACUACAGGUUCAAAUUAUGUUGUUCGAAUCCUAAGUACUAUUGAUCGUGAAUUACUUAAACCCUCUUCAUCAGUGGCUCUUCAUCGUCAUUCAAAUUCAUUAGUGGACGUGUUGCCUCCAGAAGCAGAUAGCAGUAUUGCUAUGCUUGGGACUGAUGAAAAACCUGAUGUGACUUAUGCAGAUGUCGGUGGUCUUGAUAUUCAAAAACAAGAAAUUAGAGAAGCAGUAGAGCUACCAUUGACUCAUUUUGAUUUGUAUAAACAAAUUGGUAUUGAUCCUCCACGAGGUGUUUUACUUUAUGGUCCCCCAGGGACAGGAAAAACAAUGCUUGUUAAAGCAGUUGCGCAUCACACAACAGCUUCUUUCAUUCGUGUAGUGGGAUCAGAAUUUGUGGUGUCUGUACUUUUCCGUUUUUCUCCUGUUGAUUUAUCCAACAUUCGCAUAUUAAUAUUUAUUCCAUGCAUCAUUUACUUCACUAGACUUGAAAAAAAAUGA